AUAUUACAUUGCGUGAUCGGCGGUGCACGCAUCAGUAGUCCGGAGAACAGUAAACGAAAUACACGUGUUGCUUAAGUUUUUUAAUGUGUCCAGACGGACGUUCGCGGGACGAACGAUUUCGAAGAAAGAUUUCCUCUAAAUUUUGACCUUUUAACGAUCGAUGAUAGAAAUUUUUUAUCUAAUUACAAUUGUCAUUGCCAAAUGUAUCGGUACAUUAAAAGGAAUGAAUCAUUGAUCGCCAUGCUUUUUUAUGAAGGUUUUCGAAAUGUCGAAUUUUGUCAAUAAUAUUAAAAAAUUUUAUUCGUGACGAUAUAAGUAAGAAAAAAAGAAGAGAGAGAGAGAGAGAGAGGGAGAGAGGGAGAUUAUAAGAAAAUUUGAAUGAAAAAGAAAGAUCCGAAAGAUGAGAUUGAAUAAUUUAUUAAGCGAGAGAAGGCUGCUCGUUUUAAUGACGAUCGUAUCGGCUUUGUUUGAUCUUUACGUGAUCGCCGAUGACGAUAAUGUAUCAACUAUGGUACGUGCUAAAAAGGCACGGAUGGUGAAGAAGCUAAAGAGAGAUUUCCGAAAAUUGAAGAAGCAAGAGGGUGCGAUAAAGUUGGUUGGUGGUGAGAAUGGUGAUUACGAAGGAAAUAUAGAGAUAUUGCACGAGGGUAAAUGGGGCAGUAUUUGCGACGACGAAUGGGAUUAUUUAGAGGCCAAUGUGGUUUGCAGGCAAUUAGGGUUCGACGGUGCAAUUAAACCGACAACCAACAGUCAUUUUGGACAGGCCAGAAGAAAAUACUGGAUGGAUAACAUUUAUUGCGACGGUACAGAAGAGGAACUUUCCAAAUGUCGUUUUGAUGGAUGGGGAAAUUCUGAUUGCGAGAGUAACGAAGCUGCCGGUGUUAUUUGUUCUCACGAAGAAGAAAAAUUGUCAUUGUCUUCCUCUUUGAAAGAGAAACAAGCAAAGUCGAGGAUCAAGGAUAUGCAUCAGCAGGGCAUGGCCUUACGAUUGGCUGGAGGUCGAGUUCAUAACGAGGGUAGACUUGAAAUUAAACUGGGAACAGCUGAUUGGGGUGUCGUAUGUGGCGACGGCUGGUCCCUCUUCGAAGCAGGGGUGGUCUGUCGUCAACUAGGCCUUGGCUACGCCUCCGACGCGACACAAAGCAACUAUUUUGUCGGCGAGACUAUACCCAUAGCGAUUAGUGGUAUACGGUGUCAUGGGGAUGAAAAGAAUCUGGUUGAAUGUUUACACGAUAGAAUUCCUGAUUGUCCAGGUAUGAACGAGAACGUAGCAGGUGUAGUGUGUUCUCGAGAUAUGCCUGAUCUCAUUUUUGAUCAUAUCGAGUUAAUGAGGACAGCUCAUUUGGAGGAUCGUCAGCUUUACUGGCUUCAAUGUGCUAUGGAAGAAAAUUGCGUGGCUUCGCGUGCCUACAAAGUUCAAAAGGAAUCAUAUAAUUGGCAUUUUGAGAGCAGAAGGCUCUUGAGGUUCACCGCAAGGAUUUUAAAUGCCGGAACCGCUGACUUCCGACCAGCUGUACCUAAACAUUUAUGGGAAUGGCACAUGUGUCACAUGCAUUAUCACUCUAUGGAAGUCUUUGCUACAUUUGACAUCAUCGACUCGAGUGGCAACAAAGUGGCAGAGGGUCACAAAGCAUCCUUUUGUUUGGAAGAUAAUCAAUGUAUUCCAGGAGUUGAGCCACGAUAUAAAUGUGCAAAUUACGGUGACCAAGGAAUCUCCGUUAAUUGUAGCGACAUAUACAAACAUAAUAUUGAUUGCCAGUGGGUAGAUAUUUCCGAGUUAGAACCAGGACAAUAUACGCUUAAGGUCGCCGUCAACCCAGAGUUUAAGGUCGGCGAAAUGUCGUUCGACAAUAACGCAGCGAUUUGUCGUUUGCUUUAUACCGAAACAUUCGCAACAGUGCAUAGUUGCGUCAUGGGACGACCUUGAUAAGAUCCAACGAAAUUACAAAAUACUCUUGUUAUCUAGAUUUCGAUAGGACAAUGCAAACUGAGAGGCUGCUUAUCAUUUUUCUCCUUAUACAAGCAUUAUCUCUAUCUCUUUCUCUCUUUCUCUCUAUCUAUUUCUCUCUAUUUCAUCAUAAAGUCUAUAUUAAUUCUCAUAGAUGAUCUUUACGAUUUUUCAUAAAUGAAAUCGAACGAUACACUUUAACUAUUGUAAGAAUAAAUCUAUAUAAAAAAGAGGACGCCGGUCGUUAUCGCAUAGCAAACGAUCGAUCGACUAACGUUGCUAUACUCUCUCGCUCUCUCUCUCUCUCAUACUCUUUACCUAUCUAUGUCUCUCUCUCUCUCUCUCUCUCUCUCUCUCUCUCUCUCUCUUUCUCUCUUUACUCCUUGCACUCCGAUGAUCGGUGUAUAUGAUGCAUAAAGUGAACGCUAUUUUAGACUAUUAUAGGUAGCUGACGUAAAAGCAUUCUUUAUUCUUCCGUAGUGUAAACGACAACAAAGUGGACACUAUGACUCCAUGAAUUUACGCUGAUUACAUAUCGCACUUAACUCGUUUCACGUUUUAGUAUAGAAUCAUUCGAUGUCUGUCUGUCUCUCUGUCUUUGUAUAUCUCAUCAGAAUGAUUCGCAUACUAAUUGAUACAAAUGAUCGAGAGAUAGAUAGAGGAAGAGUGAGAGAGAGAAAGAGAGAGAAAGAGAGAGAGAGAGAGAAAGAUUUCAUUAUGUUCUCAUCCACAAAAUUACAACACGCCGUUGGAAUUGCAUUUUAACUAGGUUUUGUCGUUUCGAGGACGAUCGACCAGCGGUCUCUACGAUCGAUGUAUCGUUGCAAGAAAUAAAAAAAGAAGAGAGAGAGAGAGAAUAAAAAUUGUUAUAAUGGAUAAUUAUCAUGUAUAAAAUAGUAGUUAUUUAAUAAGAAAAUAAAGUAAAUGUAUGAUCAAUGAUCGAUGAUGACGAUGAUGUGGAAAAGCAAAAAUAGGAUUGCAAUUUCCUUUUUUUUUUUGUUAAUUAGUAAAAUAUGUUUUAUAAUUAUCAAACACAACAUUGCAAUUUUCUUUUAUUAAUUAUUAAAAGUGUUCUUAUAAUUACUGUCUAUACAUAUAUAUAUAUAUAUAUAUAUAUAUAUAUAUAAAAUUGCAAUUUUCUUUGCAUAAAUAUCUUCAAAUUAAUUUCAACAUUAAUUUCUUGUAUACCUAUACAUACGCUUGUUUAUAUUUGUUGGUUUAUGUAUAACUAAAAAUUUCUAAAAGAGAGAAUUAUGUUUUGAAGAAGUUCUUUAAACGAAGUUCAAAAGGGCCUAGUAAAAUGUACAUUAAUUUGUGAGUUCUACCUGGCAGAAGCAUCAUAUAAAAGUUUUAAAAUGAAUUUUUAUAGCUUUUACUUGCUACGUGGCAGAAAAGAAAGAGAGAGCACACGCGCGCGAGAGAGAAAAAGAGAGAGAGAGGGAGAGAGAGAAAGAGAGAAUAGUCCUUUUUAACGAGUUUAAGGUUUAAGCGUUUAAAUUAGUUUCGUUAGGCUAGAAUCUAAUUAACUCGAUGCUUACCCGAGCCAAGCUUGUCGUUUUUUGUCGUCUUUAUGAGCAACCCACGCGCUUCGACUUUCAUAAUAUUAACGCUAUUAUACUGAUACAAAACAUCCGAUAACUAAAUCAGUCAGACUUGGAUAUAUACACUCAUGUACAUAUGUAUACAUAAAUAUAAAUAUGAAUGCAACUGUAUUAUAAACUGCAUAUAUAUAUAUAUAUAUAUAUAUAUAUAUAUAUAUAUAUUAUUACUUGAAAGUUUUAUUAUGUACAUUUAUUUGUAUAUAUAUCUCUAUGCGUUACAGUAUGUAAUUUAUUUAUAGAUAAGAAUAAUUAAUUGAACAAUUUCAAAUUAACACAUAUAUAGAUAGUGAAAUUGUUGAGAAUAAUAUAUUUAUUUUAUUGGAAUAAUGAACUUUUAUAUAAUUUGACAAAUUUAAACAUACUAAAUUUUGUUUUGGUCACUUUGAAUAGCGAGCGUGGGUAAAGAGAACAAAAAGAAAAAGAAAACAAAAUACUAUGAAUAAAAAUAAAAUAGAAACAUAAUGGCACUGAAUUUAUGAAGAAUAAUUAAUUUGGCACUUCGUGUAUAAGCGAAAUUUUACAAAUACAUUUGUAAGAUUACAAUUGUUGUUAAGGUAAUGAACUUUUAUAUAAAUUAAAAAAUUUAAUUACACUAAA